UAUUAUUUAAUGUAUAUAAUAUGAAUAUUUAAUGCAUACUUUACUUAUAAUAUGUGAUAUUAUGUACAUAAUGUGUGUUUGUUGUGUAUGUAGAUGUGUAUAUUAUAUAAUAUUUGUACUAUGAAUAUUUAAUGCAUACUUUACAUAUAAUAGGUGAAUAUUGUGUACACUUUGUGUGUAUGUUGUAUACGUACAUAAAGUGUAUAUUAUUUCAUGUAUAUAAUAUGAAUAUUUAAUGCAUACUUUACAUGUAAUAUGUGAAUAUUGUGUACACAGUGUGUAGUUUGCGUAGAUAACGUGUAUAUAAUGUGUUUACUAUGAAUAUAUAAUGCAUACUUUACAUAUAAUAUGUGAUAUUUUGUACGCUAUGUGUGUAUGUUGUAUAUGUAAAUAAGGUGUAUAUGAUAUAAUGUGUAUAUUAUGAAUAUUUAAUGCCUACUUGACAUAUAAUAGGUGACUAUUAUGUACACAAUGUGUGUAUACAUAGAUAAAGUGUAUAUAAUGUGUGUACUGUGAAUAUUUAGUGCAUACUUUACAUAUAAUAUUUGAAUAUUGUGUACACUAUGAGUGUAUGUUUAACGGGUAUAUAAAGUGUAUAUUAUGUGGUGUGUGUUUGUAUGAAUAUUUAAUGUGUUCUUGCAAGGAGGAUCAGUCCUCCAAAGUCACUCCUGGGUGUCCCAAACGUCACCUGGGUGUGGACUUUGUUCUUUGCUGGCUUCUGCUUUGGCACCCUGCUGAGGAAAGACGGCGGCGGGAAAGAAAGGGGGCGGGGCCAGAGCGUGGGGAUUGCUGGAUCCUUGAUGGAGGCGUCAGUCGGCGGUCAUGUUGGCCCCGGGAGGUCUGUGGCGGGUCUGGACUAGUCGGUCUCACGUCAAGGAUACCUUUUCUUCUUUGGAGCGCCGCUGACUUUCCGAUUUUGUCACCCGCCAUGAACGGCAGCAACGCGUCCGGGGACGGGGGGUCGUCAGGGAGCGGCGGCCUGUGGGUGACGUCCCUGCUGGGCGCCGCCCUGCUGGUCAUGUGGCUGCUGGGCGUGGCGGGCAACGCGUACACGCUUGUGGUCACGCGGUCGGCGGCGCUGCGCCGCACGGGCUCGGUGUACGUCUACGUGGCCAACCUGGCGCUGGCCGACCUGCUCUACCUCUCCACCAUCCCCUUCGUGGUCUGCACCUACUUCGCCCACGACUGGCUGUUCGGCGAGGCGGGCUGCCGGGUCCUGCUGAGCCUGGACCUCCUCACCAUGCACGCCAGCGUCUUCAUCCUGGUGGCCAUGAGCCUGGAGCGCUACCGCGCCGUGGCCCGGCCCUUCGGCGCCCGCGACUCCACGCCGCGCCGACGCAAGCUGGCGGCCGCCGCCAUCUGGGCCACCGCCUUCGCGCUCACCCUCCCCAUGAUGGUGAUGAUCCGACUCCGCGAGGGCAAGCCGUCGCCGGCCGGAGUCGUCAAGCGCAUGUGCUUCCCCACCUGGACCUUGGAGGCCUUCAAAGCCUACGUCACCGCCCUCUUCCUGACCAGCGUCCUCAUCCCCGGACUGGUCAUCGUCGGACUCUACGCCGGCCUCGCCAGGCGCUACUGGGCGGCGCAGGCCCGACUGGCAGGGCGCGCCGGCUCGGCCAGGAGGCGGGGACUCAAGCAGCGGGUGGUGGUCAUGAUCUUCAGCAUCGUGGUGGCCUACUGGGCCUGUUUCCUGCCUUUCUGGGCCUGGCAGCUGGCCCAGCUCUUCUCGGCGGAGUCCCUCAAGGCUCUGUCCUCCUCCACCCACAACUACGUCAACUUCUUGGUCACCUGCCUCACGUACGGGAACAGCUGCGUCAACCCUUUCCUCUACACGCUCCUCACCCGCAACUACAAGGACUACCUGGCCCAGAAGGGCCAGUCCACCGUUUCGAGCAGGACAGAAUCCCUUGCCCCUGUAGCCCUUCCCCAGAGGACUCGUAGUCCAAGUGGAAGUCUCGACUAGGGAUGGGUACCGAAUGCAGUACUUUGACAGGCAGGGACCCGAAUUCUGUUCGUAAAACCAAGCGGUGCCCCAUUUGUCACCCGUGACGUCACACCGCUAGCGGACUCGGACAAACUCUCUCGCCGUUUUCAACACCGACAAAACGCUCAAAUUUAAAGUAAGGCUCUACUCUUCCAAAAAGCACUAGCUUGAUGCUAAUUCACAUUGGAUUUGCCAUAGACAGGCUACUAUUAGCAUUAGCGAUUUUACAUGGCAAUUUCGACACCUCCAAAUGUGGCGGUGAGAAUGACAACGCACGCUGCAAUAAAACGCACAGCACUUACAGUGCAAACACUUUGUAGGGCGCAACGUAACACAUUCAGCUAUUAGCGCUGUUGGUGUGGACUGAUUAUUGUUCAUUUGCUUUCUACUUUCCUUAGUCUGGAGUCACACCUGGAUGUGCACACGUUAAUAAACAUGUUAAUAAACAUGUUAAUAAACAUGUUAAUAAACGCAUAACGAACACUUAAUAAACUCUUGUUACACGCGCUUUCCUUCAGGAGGCACAGGCUCACUUUUUGGCACGAUCAAGACAUAACAUGAACUCUCUAUUUGGCAAGCAUGUGGUCAGUGUCUCUCUCUAAUCUAAGCUUUGAUAAAAAAUACUACACAAAUAAUUAAUAACCCGUUUAUAAAACUUUCAUCAAAGUGACGAUACGGCACCAGAUUGUUAGCAACAUUUUAUUUUAUUUUUUGGUUGGAUUUUGAUUGUUUUAUCGUUGGGCAGAACAACCAUGUGAUGGCA